UUCCAAAGAGACAUAAGAGGUAGGAGUGGGGUCGGGAAGGGAAGAAGAUAUGAAGCUGUCAUCUGGCGGUGCGGCGGGGCUCUCGACUCUAAACACAACUCAAUCGGAGGCGCGCGCGUGGCCCGGACGAACGUACCCGCGUACCCGGUCUUUCGUUCGCCAUAAACAAAACGCAAACAAAUACAACAAAGUUAUCGGCGGAAACUAAACAGAAAAUCGGAGUUCAUAAAUAAAACUUUACAAGGAAAAUCAAGAAAAUAGUGAUGGUUUAACGUGACGUUCAUAAAACAGUGAUAUAUUUGUGGGAGAUCGUAAAAGUUUAACAAAAACAGGAGUUCUAAACUUUCCAAUGAACGCGAGCCAUGUGACUACGGCGAGAGCGGCGAAGCAAGAUUUGUGAUGUGGCUAGUGGCGGCGUUGCUGGCCGCGUGCGCAGCGGUCGGUGGCGCGAUGUCGUGCAAUGAGGCACGCACGCGCUGUGCCUACCGCACCGGCUGCGGCGCCGCGCUUGGCAACUACAUGAUGAUGUGCGAAGAUGUGCUCUCUGAGCCCACUGCCUCGUCAACGUGCCCCAGGGAGUGUGGCAACGCUUUAAUUGCGUUGACGUCCACUGAAGAAGGGAAGGAGUUGAUGAAUUGUGAAUGUGAGGACGAGUAUUGCUUGGAGGCGAAGCAGCGCAUUGACAUCUGUAGACCACAGGUGAUGAAGGGAGCAGCCAACGCCACCUCCUCCUGCAGCCUGUCGCAGCUCAUCUGCCUGGCUGAUGCUCAGUGUGCCACUGCCUUGCAAUACUACCACAGACUAUGCCGCUCCAUGUUCAGAGGCAGAAAGUGCUCAAACAAAUGCCUUAACUCCAUAGAAAUCCUAAGAAAACAGGAGAAAGCUGCAGCGCUAACAGCGUGCCAAUGUGACGGCAAUGACUACGACUGCCCGAGAAUGCAGAACAACCUAGCAAGGCUAUGCUACCACAAGAUGAAGAACCACACAAAGAACCACAACAGUCACGGGGAAAAACAGAAAAAACUCCCCGUCGAAGAAGUGCCAGUGGUCAGUGCAGCGAAUUUAGUCCGAAUAUCCGGGCUCAUAGCGUUGAUAUCCGUAUGCAGUAACAGCUUCAUCACGUGAUACCAUCUCAACGGAAAUAACCAAUAGUUUAAAGUGUACAGUAACGGACAUUGUCAUAAGGACACUGCCAUAGAAGAGACUAUUCGAGUGAAGAAUUGUGUAGUGUUUUUAGAUAAACGUAAUAUUGGCUAAGUAGGCGUUAAAUUGAAGUACAAUAACCAUAGGUAGUGUAAAUAAUGUAAAAACAGUAUUAGUUAAGGUAAGGCUAUCGUGAGGGAAUCAAGGGUAAUUAUGUAGAUUGUUGUUUAUAUUUUAACUAUUGUCUUAAUAUGAGAGUGGAUGUGUCGCCGCCCACGGGUUGCGCAGGCGUCGCUAUAAAUACGGCGGCGCCGGUGGUCCGGUGACAAAUGCUGGACCGUUCCCGAUGUAGCGCCGCACGUCGAUUGAUCUAACGAGUGUUCCGGUAACACCAUCAUCCUCACAUAUUUACGUCAAAUAUAUUUUUCUAUCCCUCUCUUUGUCGGUUGGUGUAAGAGGGAUGGUGUGGGUGCAGUCGUGUAAGAGAUGUGUAGGAAUUAGGGAAGUGGCUGGUCUAAUGACAUAGCCGUGGCUAAAUCCGGUGCACGGCACUAAUCGUUCCAAGUGAUGUAGGGCGUCGGUUAACGUUUUACAAAUAUGCGUCAUGGGAUGCCAGAAUUUUUUCUGAACAUCUUUUGAAUCUUUUCUUUGACAUCCGUUUGAAAUGUUUUAUUUUUUAAUAUGUUUGUUGCCUUCGAGAUGAAUGUGUGUUCUUUAUAUUUAGAUUUGUCAUCAAUUAGCGGUGUAAUGUCAGGAAUGAUUGAGUGUGUUGUACUCGUUGUAGCUGCUCGGUUCACAGAGAACUAGCUCAAGUGAUGUAUAUAUUCGGAGUCGUUCCCGUUGCCAGCGAUUCGACUGAGAACAUUUAUGAAAAUUGUUGACUGAAAUUAAACCACUUUAUGGAGGAACUCAGACUAUGUAGUUAAGUUCCGCUUUCCAGUUUUAUAUCAAAAGGAAAUUUACUUGAGAAAGUUUGUAUUUGUUGUUUAACCUGGGUCUCUGAGUUAUCUUGUUGUAUCUUUGCUACCAUUAGAAUCCGGCAAAACAAAUUGUGAGGUUACAUAGUAACAUCUUCAAAUGCUUAUUAUUGAAAUCAGAUACAAUUCACAUUCCAAAGCAUUUUUCGAAAGACAAUUCCUACAUUGCGCGUGAUUGAGAUAUCGUACCGCAAAGGUGGAUUUUUUCGAAGCAUCUCAUUUGAAAUGUUGCGAGCGUACGUUGGGCUCGUAAAGUAGUGGCGACGUAAACGUACGACUACGAAUAUGCGUAGGUCUGUAUUGUGCGUCCGUUUCUUAGUAAUUCAGUACGGUAAUGAAGAGGGCAACCGGUCCACGGAACUGGUACCACGACCACGAGAUCAAAUCAGAAUAACAUGAAUGAAAUACUUUUGUUACGCCUUUGACACAGUAAAUCUGUGAAAUAAUGUUCGUAUGUGUUGCCUUUGUUAUUUUGUUGGUAUCCAUUUGAAUAAGUAUACGAGUUAGAUCUUUGGAUUUCCAUAUUCAUUCACGUUUUUAUCAUCUAGCAACUUAAGUGUUUGAUUUAACUCUUACAAAAAUUCUUUUAGCUCUUGUUUCAUACAUCGAGCCUUAUUUUAUUCUUUGCUCCAUUGUUGAAGUUAUAAACCUCCGUAGUUACACGAUACCCCCUGAAAACUGUGACGUUUAUGCACAGAACCUUGUUCGUUAGGUUCUUGGGCCUGUUAUACAACCACAAAGACAAUAAGUAUUAAAAUCCCAUGCACAUCCUUGGUACUCAUACAACAGUCAGAUACGUAUCUUUAACGACAUGCGCAUACGACAUCUGUACGAUCGAACAUUAAGUGCGCAGUUUGCAUAGAUUACAUGCGAUACAUUUAAGGCAGUUUUGCACUGAAGGACAGGAAUGACGUCAUGACCAUAUAUCUUUUCAUACAAGUGUCAUGUAGUCUUUGUACGUUUUGUAUGCAACGAGCAAGCGACGGUGAACUAAUGUCUCGUCGCCCGAAUCAUGUCUAAUGUUUAAUGCAACAGUUACGCGCAGAAUACCAAUUGAUGUUGUUUUUUACUUUGUGACUUACUAAGUAAAUUGUAUCAUCGACACUUAUAAGUAUUGUUAGUGUAAACGUUUGACACCUCGUAAUAUUUGUUGUUACAAUUUGUGUAAUUUUGAAGUGUAAAUUCGCUCCGUAUGACUCGGCAAUUUUCUUUAUUUGUGGUUUUAAUUUUCAUCUUUACUGUACCAGACUUAUAGCAUCUCCUUAUUGAAAUCAUAUAUUGUUAGACUAUUGCUUUUAUAUCUAAGAAAGAUUAUUCAAAGCUCUUCAAGUUUUCCUUACAUAAACGAAAACCUCUAUUUCAUUCAAUUACUGAAAGAUCACGAACUAAAUUUUAAAGGUAAUUCAUUAGUUAUUAAAUCAAUACAGUAUAGAUUAUACCUCAAUUUAAUUACAUUUAAUGUGUUCAUUAGCUUGAUAUAGAUGUGUGUGUGUGUGUGUGUGUGUGAAUAUCUGUGUGUUAAGUGCGCUCCAUUUUUAUAUCAUUUCGAAUUUUAAAUUCAAAUUAUUUUAGCCAUUGCACGAAUUGUAACUUCUGCAAAUUGCUUACAUUGUAUCGAGUUCAAAAUUUAAGCUUUUUAAUGCAAAUUUUCCAGUUAUUAUAUAGGAUAAGUAGAUCAUUAUGUAGUACUAAAUGUAAGAGAAGUAACUCAUUAACCACAGUUUACCAAAGUGAGAUUAUUAGCCUAGUACAAGAAUUGUAAAUAGCUUUAGUUUUUAAUUUUAGUUUUAAUGUCAUUGAAUUGUUUUAGAAAUAUAGAAAAGUUCGUACAAAGUAUUUUAGGAUAAAAAAGCGAAUAAUUUAUUGAAUUAAUUAGAAUUUUAGCACAAUAAGAAUUGUUGUAUU